AUGCCAGCGAUUUCGAGUCGAGCAAUCGAAGGAGGAGUAAAUGCGCUUCAGGCCCGAGAAUGGCGCAACACGGUGGGCCAGUCAGGCAUGACACCCACUGCGUUCUCCUUCUUAAUUCCGGUGUUGUUAGUCGCCAUCGCCACCCCAUUCCUUUGCGUUUUUUGUAUUCGCUACCGACGACGGGAGCAAUAUGUUGUCAGAGCUACGAAGAAACCCGAUCUACAGCGUGUGAAAGCGAGAGAAGAAUUGAACUCGGUGACGGAGAUUUCAAAUAUCUCAGGCGCUCGGGAACUCUCACAGGCUGGACCGAGCGAUGAGAACGAAGGGCUGGCGGAGUCCCGAUCAGUUCUUGAGAAGGAAUGUGCGAUAUGUCUCUCCACCCUCCAUGCGCCAUCGCUGCCUGAGCCAGCAAAGCUCAGUGAAGCCGCGAUACCCGCCACAGUGGAAGAUUUCACACCAGCUGAGCCAGAAGCGAUUCUCAAGCUGCAUGUCUGUGGCCACGAGUUCCACGCGGAAUGUCUGGUGUCCUGGUUUGUUCUGCGUAAGACGAGCUGCCCGAUUUGUCGAGCCGAAUAUUACAGCAAGGAAGCCAUGCAAUUACUCGACCAGGAAGCACAAUCAGCGACAGCUCAGACAGCUCAGGAUACAGCGCCUGCGCCUGUCGUCAGCAAUUGGCGAUUCUUCAUCCAUGGAAACAACGUGUUCCGUAACCAGGACGCGACAGAGUCACAAUCGCCAACACCACCAUCCCAAUCACGUUGGCGCCGCUUCUGGACUUGA